AGUCACUACAGACGCGCAAAGACGUCCUUUGACUUCUGCAGGAAUAGAAGUGAACUACAGAAUACAGAGUAAACUAGUUGCGGUUCGUUUUUUUCUUCUUUUUAUCAUUUAUUUGAUUUUAAACUUUAAGCUUUGAGAAUUUACCAGAACGUGUGAGAAAUAUGACGUCGGACAGAGAAAAGCGUGAAAACAGCGUCAUCACCUCUGAACUGGAUGAACAAGAACAAGACGGGCUGGAAAUUCCCCCCCAUCAAGAAGCGGUCAGUGUGAAAGACCAGGAUCCUUUGCCGUCAUCUUUGCUCAGAUACUUUGAGGCUUCAAGAAGUAGAGCUGCAGCCUGUGAGAAACUCCUCCUGGAAGACCUCGAUGAUGAGAACAUGGAGAACCAGAAUGGCUUUUUAUCAGAAAGCAGUAAAAAUGAGAAGAAGCAAGAGAAGAGAUACGAUGAGGACAUGGAGAUCUGUGAUCUGUGGCAGCAACGAGAGGAAGACUUCCAAAGGGAACUGAGGAAGAUCAUAGAGGCAGAGAAGGUGCAUCAGAUGGAACUUGAACUGUCUCUGAAAAGAGCUCAUGAUGUGUUUGAAGAGGAGCUGCAUCUUCAGCAGGAGCACUUUGGUGAGCUACAAAAACGAGUCGAGCACGAACGACGGAUGAUUGAGGAGCAGCUGAAGAUCAGAAAAGAGGAAGAUGAGGAGGAGAAGAAGAACAAUGAGGAGAAAAAGCAAAAAGAAGUGAUCAAAGGAAAAAGGCAAGAAUUUGAAGAGGGAGAGUGGAAGAAACGUGUGGAGAUGCAACUGCAAGAGGAAGGGGGGAAGAAAGAGACGAAUGAGAAGUGGAGAGAAGACGAAGAUGUGGUGAAGAAACAAAGGGAAAAUGGAAAAAAAACGACGGAAGAUGAAGUAAAGACAGAAGAAGAGAAUAGAGAGCAACAAACACAAUCAGUGCAAAAGAAAAUGAGAGAACAGGCAGAAGAGGAGGAGAGAAAAAAGAAAGCAGAAAGACAGAAGGAAAGAGUGACAAACAAGAAAAGAGCUGAAAAAGAAUCUAAAGAGGAAGAUGAAGGGAAACUGCUGGAUGUUAAAGCGGAGGAAAGACAAAACAAAACAGAACUUGGCUUUACAGACAAACUAAAAAGUGGAGAAGAGAAGGAAAGGGGAAAAAGGGGUGAUGAUGGUAAGAGGGAAAAGCCCUGGAGGACAGUGAGAGAUGAAGAAGAAACGGAAAAAGACAUUUCCGAAGAGGUGGAGACAGACCUGAAGAGAAGUGUUCAAGCAAAGAGGAAGGAAACUGCAGAAAGAGAGGAGAAGCUCUGUGAAAGUGAAGAGAAGCAAGAGGAUGAGAGGAGUGAAACUAUGCAAGAAAAGCAGGGGAAACAAAGGGACAAAAAGAUGAUCCUCCAGGAAAACAAGGAACCAAAAAACACAGAGGAUAUGAGAUUCCAGCAAGAAAACAAUGAUGAUGAUGAUGAUGCUGAGAAUAUGUUGAAAGAAAUCACACCUCAAGACAAAAAAUCCAAACAUGUGGAUGCAGACAGGCACGAGAAUGAAAAGCUGGAAGAAGAAAUACUUCAAAAGGAGGGAGAUGGGGUGAACAGGACGAAUGGAGGCAGAGAUGGAAAAGAAGAUGCCAAGAACAAAGUGAUGACGGUGAUGAUGAUCACUGAGGCUGAACUACAGCCAGAAAAGGAAAGAAAGAAAAGCCCAGACCCUACAAACAACAUCAUGUCUGGUUCUUCCACCACCAGCCUCAUUAGACCUCAAACUGGACAGCAGUGGCUUCCAGAGAGCGUCAGCUCUGAAGAAUCCACUCCUACUGCCACAGAGGCAGAACAUCCAGCCGCAGAGGCCAGUGCCCCCUGCUGGUCUGCGCUGGCAGAGCGCACAGAGCAGAAGAGGCUGUCCUGGAGGGAAGGCUGCGUCUCCUGGUCCACCCUGUCCCUCCAGAACAGGAGCAGACCAAAAGGUUCUGUCCAGAGUCAGAGAAGGCCAAGGAGGAAGGUUGAGGCUGACAGACUGCCCCCCCUCUGCACAGACAGUCUGCUUCAGGUCGCAGGUCAGAGGUCACUGCAGGAGGUAAAUAUGAGCCUCAACAACCGGCUGAGUAGCUCGGUUGGUAAGGUAACCAUAGUGGCACUGGAGAAGCUGCCUAGCUGCAGUCUGUCCAGUCUUGUCCAGUGUUCUCAGUUGCGGUCCCUCACUCUCAGACGUUGUGGCCUCAAGUCUCUGGAGGGCAUCAAGCAGCUGCAGGAGCUGAGCUACGUGGAUCUGAGGGAGAAUGACAUCUCCUACGUGGACUGCGCCAACAUGACCAGCUUGCGAGUCCUUCGACUGAGCCACAACAAACUGACGUCCAUCCACGGCUUGAACGGCGCUGAGAAUUUGGACGUUCUGGAGCUCUCGUACAACUCCAUCACCCGUGUCGCUGGUCUGGAGUCCCUGAGGAGGCUGCAAAGGCUCUUGUUGGACCACAACCACCUGAUCAACACCAGAGGACUGAAGGAUGUGUGCACGCUCCUCCACCUGAACUGUGCCAGCAACCACCUGGAGGCGGUGGAGGGUCUGGAGAGCAGCACUCUGCUCCACAGCCUGGACCUGAGAGCCAACAACCUCACUGAUCCCCCCAGUCUCAACAACCAGGUCCUUCUGAGGGAGCUGCAUCUGGACGACAACUGCAUCUGCUCCCUCCAAGGCCUCGCCGACUGCUGGCUUCCUCUUUUGCAAAACCUCUCAGCCAGUCAGAAUCGAAUGACCCAACUGCCUUCCAUGAUGGAUUUUAUAUCUCUGGAACACCUGGAUCUACGUUUCAACUGUCUGUCAGAGGUUCUGGAUGUGUGUGAGAACCUGCAAGGAUGCCCUUCCCUUUGUGAAGUCUGGCUUUCAGGGAAUCCACUGCUGCAGGAGCGUGGCUGGAGAUGCGUCCUACAGAAAGCAGUUCCUGGACUGAAGGCCAUUGAUGGCCAGCUGACAGACUCCUCUAUGUCGGCCUCGCCUGCUCCGCGGGUCAUCUCUGCCCCGGGGUCGUUCCUGUCGAUCUGCCGAGAGCAGCUUCAGCAGACUCAGGAUUUACAGCAGCUUCACAGCACAGAGCUCAGUGAUGCUUCACCUCACCUGGAUGCCGUGAGCAGUUUGUGCCAGCACCACACUUUGGCUCUGAAGCUGGCCGAAGAGCAGAGAUUGUUCCACGAAAAUGCUGGUGCCACUCCUUCAUCGGAAAAGCCCAAUCCCAAACCAGCACCAUGUGGAAAGACACUUUACACAGACAGUACAACCGCAGAAAGGUGUUACACAGAAGAGGAGCCCAGUCAUGAGACCAUCGCCCCAAACAGAGAAGUCAUUGAGGAAGACGCACAUGAAGUAAGAAGACGCCGCACAUCCAAAGGAUUUACCUGUGGAAUCAGCUUCCCUUUAGAGAAAGUUCCCACUCAUCACAACUCCGACUUCAAACGCUUAGCAGCCGUUGUGAUUCAACAGAGGUGGAGGAAAUACAGGCAACGACUUAAGAACACUACUUCCACUGUGAAAAGAACAGAAGAUAAUGAGGAGGAAUUGGAGCAUGUGCCUAACAACAAGAACACCGUUGCAGCAACAGUCAUCCAGGCGUUUUGGAGAGGCUUCACUUUGAGGAGGAAGCUUGCAUCUGCUCUUGCUGCCGUAGAGUGCCCUGAUGGAGAGGAUGACACCUUCGAAGAGGAGGAGGAGGAAUUUGUAUUUGAUGAGCCAAACCUGGAUAAAAACUGGACUGACUUUGAGGAUUCAUCCCCCAGAUACUGUCCAGUCCCAGAGCUAAAGCUCCCCCCUUUUGGUCCUUCCUCAUACAUAUCAUCACAUACAUGGAGCCCGUUUCAGGCCUGGACAGCAGGGGAACAUGGAGACUCAGCCUCUCAAAAAGAUUCACCAGAGACUUCCAACAGGAGUAAGUCUCCACCUUCAACCUUUGCUGCCUCUGGUGUGUCAGAAAGAUCAGAGAGGAUUCUGGAGGAAUGGGGCUUCACUGACAGAAAAACGGCUCUUCUAAUGCUAAAAAGAGCCCAGAGGAUGAAGUCCACUACAGAAGAAAGGAGACAGAAAAAUCCAUCUGUUCGUCUUGAAUUAUUCAGAAACCAGCUCGGCCCAGUUAAAGCACAAAGCAGACCUGCACCACUCAGCCAAUUAAAAGUCAGUACAGCAAAGCUGGGCCUUCAGCAGUUAGAGAGGACAGAGCCGAGAGGACACAUGCAGUCCCAGAGUGGUCGCUUCUUACCUGAGAUGAACUCAUCCAUCCUGAGCGGAGGCAGAGUGCAGCUGACGGCUGAGCAGGCAUAUGCAGAGCCCCGUGACGCUGGUGCAUUGUGGGCCAGCAGCAGUUCGUCUGAGCUCCACAGUAAAGGCAACACACAUCCUCAUAAAAGCCUCUGGGAUCAUUCAAGCAAAGACGUUUCCUCUGCUGAGCGAGCAGCGUCUGCUCCCUCCAAAAAGGAACGCAUCUCCUUCAGAGACAGUCCUGUACAUCAGAGCGGUGGCUGGGGGGGAGGCAAGAAGAGGGGCAGGCUGCACAAGUGAAGCCCAGGAUUGUGCUGGAUUCAACUGCACUUUAAAAUGUUGAUUUAACUGCAGCUUUGGUUUUUACUUAAUCAAUUCCAGAAUAGCUGUUCAUAUAAUAAAAUGAUGUUCCAAAUGUUAAAAAGAUGUACUUGUAAUUCUAUUUCUGGACUGUUUCUUCUGCUGCUGAAUCCUGAAUCCUCAGACAUCCUCUAAAAAAUGUAAGAAAACCAAUUCCAGCCACACAAGACCAAAUAUCUUCAGGCGCUUCUAUCGUUUCUAUUCUACUCAAGUGUCACUCUAUGAAUUCCAUGGCUGCCAAAUGCGAAGUGAGAACCGGCACUUUUCCAACCCAUGGCUUCUUUUUUGACUUGCUGUUCCUGUUAUUGUUACUGAACAAGCAUCUCUGGCUCCUCUCUCAGAUGUAAACUUUAACCAUCACAUCUUCUUUGUGGUUUCCAGUUUCCAAAACAAAUGAACAACACUUUUUUUUAAACAGCAGACUGUUCUGUAGUUCCAUCGUAACACAAUUGCUGUAUUGCUAGAGGAAGCUCACCAAAGGCGUGGAAGGUUUUUUCUCAGCUCACGCCCUGACAAUGUGAAAACUUCAGAGCAGCUCCCUGCCAGAGGUGUUUGGCAGUCUGUUUAUUUUCCUUGCAUUUCUCAUUUAUUCGAGUCAGCAGGGGGGUGGGCUUUGACUGCGCCUGAGCCCACAAAGCUUGUUCUAAUGGUGAGCAUUACAUAGAUGCGGUGGUCCUGUCUUCAUUCAGGGGUUGAGGGUCUGUAUGUCUGAACGUGUCUGUCAUCCCUGAAGUGAGGUUUGAAUACGUCUGACUUUCAUUUUAACUAUAUAUCUCCACCAUUUUUAGAAUUGA